CAAAAACUAGAUGCUCGAUAUUGGGACAAAGUCCUAGGUUUUGCUUAUAAUAGCCAGAGGCUCAGCGUUUGUGUUUCUACAGAUUUGGCAAACAGCAGCAAGCAGUUGGGUCUCUCUGGGAGUUGGAGUGCUGAUUGGAUUUGAUCCUGAAAUCUGGGCUCUUGCGCCCUGUGGCUGGUUAAAUCCAUGAUCUUCAGCGUCCCAUGGACCCUUCUCCACUGUCAACCACUCCACCUAUUGAACAACAACAACAAGAUGAUGAGUGGGACACUGAUGGAUUCGUGAUUCCAAGCUUGGUUAUCGAAGACCAAGAUAAAAUUAAUGAUGAUGCUCCAAUAGUAGAAGACCCAAAACCUCCUUCUCCAAAGGACAAAAAAGAAGAGAAUAUCUACUUAGGACCACACGGGGCUCCCCCUUCACAGUCAAAGCAGCAAGAGGUAAAUUCUUCUAGCCGUAAGCAGAAGUUCAAGCAGAGACUGAAAGAAGCAGAUCGGAAGAGUAGCGGGACUGGACGAGAGAAUAAGUUGGACAAUCUGCGAGAACUUGUGGGUGGUGGGAAUGAAAGCAGCAACAUGGCAAAAGGCACUUCAAGGGACUGGUUAGACCCCCACUGUCAUGAGUCUCAGUUUGAAAAGUGGCACCCCCAGUGAUUGUUAUCUUUUGAUAAUUUAUUCUGUUCAAGAUAUCUGAAUUUGGCAGGCCAUUGUUUGGUUUGAAAACUUAAUACUGUUCAAGAUAUAUGAAUUUCGCACCCUUGUUUGGUUUGAUCGUUACAUUAUCUCUGCAGACACCUGAGGCCAUGUAUCUUGACAAUAAAAUUUUAGUUGAAACCAGAAACUCAUAAAAUGA